AUGGAUAUCUCAAAGCUUUUAACCGCCCCUGACAAACACGAAAUCCGCGCCGAAAAUAACGCAGCAAAUGAAACACCUAGUCAAGUCUCCAAUCAGCCAGAGGUUAUGGCUCCGGCUCUGCUUUGGCCCUACCACAGGGCAUCGCAGAUUCUCCCAACCGGACCACCGAAUGGUCCCAAACGUUCUACCUCGUUACCUAUUGUUAGGCCUCCCGAAACGAACAGGUUGCCCGCCGAGGAUGAAACAAUCAUCAGGCUUUGUGACGAGGGCAUAAAGCGACAGGAUAUCAGCAAACAGCUACCCGAACGUAGCUUGACAAGUUGCCAUCUUCAUCAUCAGAAUUACCUCGAGAAAGACGACGAGUGGGACGAAACUCAGAAGGUAAAGCUGGCCCGUAUAUAUCACAGAAUUAAAUCACAGAUGUGGAAGGACCUAGCAAACGAGCUGGGCGUUCCGUGGCGUGCGGCAGAGGCCAUUCAUUGGCAGCUGGGGGAGGCAAAUAUGGCUGGCCUUGCGAAUGCUGUGCCAUUUCCAUUUGCUAUUCCAACGAAGCGCUCAUUUGAUAAAGGAGAUUGA